AUGCAAAUAUCAAUGCACGAGCCCGGUAUUAGACAUGCGGUCAUUGCGCUCAGCGCAUUAUAUGAAAAUUACGAGCAUCCACAGAAGGCGGACAAGACCAGUUCCAAGUUCGCCAUCCAACAUUACGGCCGAGCCAUCCAACGUAUAAUAAAAGUGGAUACCUCGAGGCCAAGCCAGGCUGCUGAUGCAGUCUUGAUCGCAUGCAUUCUUUUCACAGCAUUCGAGUGCCUGCAAGGUCGUUACAAAUCAGCAGUUACCCACGUCGCUAGCGGCAUUAACACUUUUGCAGAGGGACAAGCGCAGCCCGCUACACGUAAACAUGGCUACGUUUCUGGGGAUAUUAUACGUACAAUGUUCCUUCGACUGGAGACCCAAGCACUUGAACUUGAUGAUAAUGGACUUGAGACCGCCCCGAAGACAUUUUAUAUCUGGAGGACUAUCGCAUUACCUCCCACAUUUCAAACAAUUGAGGAGGCUAGAGUGUCGGUUGAUAUUUGCUUGAAUCGAUUGUUACAUCUUUUCAAGAAAGCUACAGAUUCAAUGUUGGCGACUGAAGUUGUGCCUUCCACGGAGACUAUACGUGCAAUAGAGGUGGAGUAUGCUCAGAUCGAUCAGUACUAUCGAGAUUUCAGUGACAAACUCGACCUGGCCAAAUCUCCGCCUUCAGACCCUGGUGUCUUAUUACUGGAAAUAUCUAGAGCUCUCGUAAGAAUCUUGCUGGAGCUAGAUUUCUCACGGGGUGAAAUGCUGUUCGAUCAUUUCCAUGACAAGGUUAUAUAUUGGUCCUCCGAGCCGACGCGCACGACACACUGCAGGAUCGGUGCACUUCCGAAAUUCCCUUCAUCGGGUCCUCCGCCACGCAACUCGUCCGCGGUUUGCCGAAGUCCUCGGUCGUACCUGAGUUUUGGAAGGUAUGUCCGUAAUACGAAGCGUGCCGACUUGAUCCCGAGGUUCAGAUCCGUGUGA